UAUAGUUUGAUUUUGGGGAAACCUUUUUAAGAUUGAUUUUGAAUGAGAGAAUGAAAGGGUAAGAAUCUAGAUAGUAUACUAGAGAGAAUUGAGAGAGAAUGAAGCAGCAAUCCAAGGACCCAUUCGAAGCGGCGUUUGAGGAGCAAGAAGACUCGCCGCCAGAUUCUCCCGCGGCUCCUGAUGCCGCACGCACCGCUCUCGACACUCAAGAAGACGACGACCCUCUUCUUCUUCCUCCUGGCUCCAAAGACCCAUCUUCCUCAGCCACGCCAUUAGCGGCACCGCCACCACCACCACCAACAACAGCAGUAACUACAGCAAGAGCAACACCUGUUGCUACUACAGCAGCGCCCUCUACCUCUGCUCGGGCCACAUUCAAGCACAACAAAGAUGAUGACGACGACGAAGAUGAAGAGAACAUGGAUGUUGAGCUCGGCAAGUUCUCUGCCACUGGCGACCCUGACAAAAUGGCCAAGAUGCAGGCUAUCUUAUCACGAUUCUCGGAGGAACAGAUGAGUAGGUACGAGUCAUUUAGGAGAGCUGGGUUUCAGAAAUCCAACAUGAAAAGGUUGUUAGGUAGCAUCAGUGGAACUCCAAAAAUUUCUAUGCCUAUGACAAUUGUAGUGUCAGGGAUAGCAAAGAUGUUUGUUGGUGAACUGGUUGAAACAGCCAGAAUAGUUAUGACAGAGAGGAAAGAAUCUGGGCCAAUCAGGCCAUGCCACAUUAGAGAAGCAUAUCGAAGAUUGAAGCUUGAAGGGAAGGUACCAAAGAGAUCAGUGUCCAGGCUCUUCCGGUAGAUGGACCAGAUUCAUUUUAUGUAUCUAAUUGGACAGGUCCGCUGAUCUGUAAGUUGGAGUUGGGAUGCAGUACAUCUACCCAUAUGCUUAAAGGCCAUAGCUAUUUCAACCCAAGGUGAGAACCAUACUUCGUAAAGUAUCUUCGACUUCGAUAACGAUAGGAGACAUUGAAGAGUUCAAAUCACAGCCCUGCAGGCUUGUGCUGCCAGCUCUGUGUUUUAUUUUACCCUGUAAAAUUGGAAUAAACAGGAGACUGCCCCUUGAUUGAUUGUGACCCAAGAUAACUUAUGCUUGUUAUUUGCCGCCCAUGUGCAUAUUUUUGUCUCAA